GAAUGAAUCUGAAGUCUGCGGCAGGAAAACACUGAAGGCUUUAAAAUGUUUUCUUGCAUAAAAUUCAGACUUUAAGUAGCUGCUUAUGAGGAUAUAGGGAAGGCAGGAAGCUAAUGUCUGUCUCAAGACACAGGACAGCCGUUUGCUCAUCCACCUCCACUGUGUGUGCAACAGAGGAACAUGGCUCAAGAAACUAAUCACAGCCAAGUGCCUAUGCUUUGUUCCACUGGCUGCGGAUUUUAUGGAAACCCUCGUACAAACGGCAUGUGUUCAGUGUGCUACAAAGAACAUCUUCAACGACAGAAUAGUAGUAAUGAUAGAAUAAGCCCACCUGACAAGGUGUGGGACUGCCCAGAGCGCAGAGUCACUAAUGCGAAAUGUGGUGCCGUUGCAGCGACCUCCGUCAGUAGUCUGUCCGAGUCCCUACCAGUCCCGUGCACAGACAGCAGCGUCCCGGAGGCGCAGUCCGCGCUAGACUCCAUGUCUCCAUCUGUGCAGCCAAGUCCUGUAUCAAAUCAGUCACUUUUAUCAGAAUCUGUAGCAUCUUCCCAAGUGGACAGCACAUCUGCGGACAAAGCACUACCUGAAACAGAAGACCUGCAAGCUUCAGUCUCAGACACGGCACAGCAGCCAUCUGAAGAGCAAAGCAAGUCUCUUGAAAAACCAAAACAGAAAAAGAAUCGCUGUUUCUUGUGCAGGAAGAAAGUGGGACUGACUGGGUUUGAAUGCCGGUGUGGAAAUGUUUACUGUGGUGUACACCGUUACUCAGAUGUACACAAUUGCUCUUACAAUUACAAAGCCGAUGCUGCUGAGAAAAUCAGAAAAGAAAAUCCAGUAGUUGUUGGUGAAAAGAUCCAGAAGAUUUGAACUCCUGCUGGAAUACAAAAUCCUUUGACCAUCUGCAAACUAAAAAUUGACUUGAGGUUUUUUUUUCCUAGUCAUUGGGAAUGUAGAGCAUUGUAUCUUGCAUAGACCUUUUAAUCAUGCAUGUCAUCGGAAGAAUAGAUUUUUGUUUUUGUUUUGAAAAUGACUCUGAACAUUUAUUUCCAUUGCAGUUUCUGUGGCUAAAAAGACUUAAGUAAACUUUACAAGUAUUAUCCUUUUAAGAUCAUUUUAAUUUUAGUUGAGUGCAGAGGGCUUUUAUAACAAACAGGGAGAAAUUUUGGAGGGCUGUGAUUUUUCCAGUAUUAAACAUGCAUGCGUUAAUCUUGCGGUUUAUUUUUUCAUUGUGUGUAUAUAUAGCUUUUCUCUGCAGCACGAUCUCUCUUUGGAUAAUGCCCUCUAGGGCGCAGCUAGUUACCAGUAACUGAAUGUAUCUUAAUCACUAUGGCUGCUUCUGUUUUUUCAUUAACAAAGGUUAUACAUAUGUUAGCACAUAGUUUCUUUGCACCCACUAUUUAUGUCUGAAUCAUUUGUCACAGGAGAGAGUGUGCUGAUGAGAUUUUAAGUUUGUGUGUUUUUAAUUUUUUUUUUUUUGAGCAAGGGAAAGAAAAGCUGUAUGCAUUUCAUUGCUGACUGCAGGUUUCUUUCAGGUUCAUCUGUGUGUACGAUAUGAAGAAUGAUCUGAAGUAAUUGUGCUGUAUUUAUGUUUAUCCAUCAGUCUUUGAUUAAAUAAAAAUGAAAACCUUAACAAUCAA